AGCGGGAAGGCAGCCCGCACCCCAGCCCCCCGCCGGAGCAGCCCCCUGGGCGGCCGCGGCACAGCCGCUCUCACCGUGCGGAGACCCGAGCGCGUUUUCGGCUGCAGCCCGAGUGACUCAUGUCGGGGUGGCAAUCAUGUCAAGCGAAGCUUUGAGACGGCAGCCCUGAGACGCUGUCCGACCGAAAGAAUGUUGGCUCAAUUAAGAAACACUAGGGAGAGCAAGCUAAUCCAGUGUGUCUAAAAAUGACUACAAAGCGAAGUUUGUUUGUGCGGUUGGUCCCGUGUCGCUGUCUUCGAGGGGAGGAGGAGGCUGUCACGAGCCUGGAUUAUUCCCACUGCAGUUUGGAACAAGUUCCCAAAGAGAUUUUUACUUUUGAAAAAACUUUGGAAGAACUAUAUUUAGAUGCUAAUCAAAUUGAAGAACUUCCAAAGCAACUUUUUAACUGUCAGUCUCUACACAAGCUGAGUUUACCGGACAAUGAUUUAACCACAUUACCAGCAUCCAUUGCGAAUCUUAUUAAUCUCAGGGAACUGGAUGUCAGCAAAAAUGGAAUACAAGAGUUUCCAGAAAAUAUAAAAAAUUGUAAAGUUUUGACAGUUGUGGAAGCCAGUGUCAACCCUAUUUCCAAGCUGCCUGAUGGAUUUUCUCAGCUGUUAAACCUAACCCAGUUGUAUCUGAAUGAUGCUUUCCUUGAGUUCUUGCCAGCUAAUUUUGGCAGAUUAACUAAACUCCAGAUAUUAGAACUCAGAGAAAACCAGUUGAAAAUGUUGCCUAAAACUAUGAAUAGACUGACCCAGCUGGAAAGACUGGAUUUAGGCAGUAAUGAAUUCACAGAAGUGCCUGAAGUUCUUGAGCAACUAAGUGGAUUGAAAGAAUUUUGGAUGGAUGGUAAUAGACUGACUUUUAUUCCAGGGUUUAUUGGUAGUUUGAAACAGCUCACGUAUUUGGAUGUUUCUAAGAAUAAUAUUGAAAUGAUUGAAGAAGGGAUUUCAGCAUGUGAGAGCCUGCAGGAUCUCCUGUUAUCCAGCAAUUCACUUCAGCAACUGCCUGAGACGAUUGGUUCAUUGAAGAAUGUAACAACUCUCAAAAUAGAUGAAAACCAGUUAAUGUAUUUACCAGACUCUAUAGGAGGGUUGAUAUCGGUAGAAGAACUGGAUUGUAGUUUCAAUGAAGUUGAAGCUUUGCCUUCGUCUAUUGGACAGCUUACUAACAUGAGAACUUUUGCUGCAGAUCACAAUUACUUACAGCAGUUACCCCCAGAGAUUGGAAACUGGAAAAAUAUAACUGUGUUGUUUCUUCAUUCUAAUAAACUUGAGCUACUUCCAGAGGAAAUGGGUGAUAUGCAGAAAUUAAAAGUCAUUAAUUUAAGUGACAAUAGGUUAAAGAAUUUGCCCUUUAGCUUUACAAAACUACAGCAGUUGACUGCUAUGUGGCUCUCAGAUAAUCAGUCCAAACCCCUGAUACCUCUUCAAAAAGAAACUGACUCAGAGACUCAGAAAAUGGUGCUUACUAACUACAUGUUCCCGCAACAGCCACGAACUGAGGAUGUUACGUUCAUAUCAGAUAAUGAAAGUUUCAAUCCUUCGUUAUGGGAGGAACAAAGGAAACAGCGAGCUCAGGUGGCGUUUGAAUGUGACGAAGACAAAGAUGAAAGGGAAGCUCCCCCACGGGAGGGAAAUUUGAAGAGAUAUCCAACACCAUACCCAGAUGAGCUAAAGAAUAUGGUCAAAACUGUUCAAACCAUUGUACAUAGAUUAAAAGAUGAGGAGACCAGUGAAGACUCUGGAAGAGAUUUAAAACCACAUGAAGAUGAGCAAGUUAUAAAUAAAGAUAUGGGCGUAAAGAAUUCAGAAUGUACUUCUCCAGUAAAAAGCAAAGCUGACGAAAAAGAAAAAUUUAUGAUAGGAAAUUCUGUUUUGAAGAUCAGUGAACCAGAAGCCGAGGUCAAUCCUGGGAGUUUAUCAAUGAGUGCAAACAUAAAAGCCUCUGAGGAUGUGAAGCCCGUCGUCAACCAUGAUGAUGUUUUUGAGGAAUCUGAAGAACUUUCUUCUGAUGAAGAGAUGAAAAUGGCAGAGAUGCGGCCACCAUUAAUUGAAACCUCCAUUAACCAUCCAAAAGUCGUAGCACUUAGCAAUAAUAAAAAAGAUGAUGUAAAGGAUACAGAUUCCUUAUCAGACGAGGUGACACACAAUAGUAAUCAGAACAACAGCAAUUGCUCUUCUCCGUCCCGGAUGUCUGAUUCAGUUUCUCUUAACACAGAUAGUAGCCAAGACACCUCUCUCUGCUCGCCAGUGAGACAAACUCACAUCGACAGUAACACCAAAAUCAGGCAAGAAGAUGAAAAUUUUAACAGCCUCUUACAGAAUGGAGAUGUAUUAAACAACUCAACAGAGGAAAAAUACAAGAUUCGUGAUAAAAAGGACUUUGACUUACCUGAAUAUGAUCUGAAUAUUGAAGAGCGAUUAGUUCUCAUUGAUAAAGCUGUUGAGUCAAGAGCCACAUCAGAUGAAUCUCACAAGUUAGACCAUAUCAAUAUGAAUCUUAAUAAACUUAUAACUAAUGAUCCCUUUCAGUCUGAGAUGGUGGGACGAUCAAAGACACAAGAUGUAGUGCUUGGAAACAGCUUUUUAAGUGUUAAUACUAAGAAAGAAGCUGGGCCUUUGGAAAAUGGAAAUAAAUAUUCUAAUCUGAAAUCCACAAACAAAGUCAACGGGCAUUCUGAGGACACCGCACAGACUCCUGGUAGGCCUGAAGCACAGGCCACUGAUGUGUCUGCGGACAUGAGUGCUUCUAAAAGCACAGAAGAGCUCGCUCCUCAGAGAAGUGGACCAGUUGGACCUGUUGUGAAAUCUCAUAGCAUAACCAAUAUGGAGGCUGGGGGAUUAAAAAUCUAUGACAUCAUCAGUGAUAAUGGGCCUCAGCAACCGAGUGCAGCAGUCAAAACUGCAUCUGCUGUUGAUGGGAAAAAUAUAGUCAGGAGCAAGUCGGCCACACUGCUGUAUGAUCAACCGUUACAAGUAUUUACUGGUUCCUCUUCAUCUUCUGAUUUAAUAUCUGGUACAAAAGCAAUUUACAAGUUUGAUUCAAACCAUAAUCCUGAAGAGCCGAAUACAGUCAGAGGCCCCACAACAAGUGGCCCACAAUCGAUGCCUGAGAUGUACGGUCCCCCGCAGUACAACAUCCAGUACAGCAGCAGUCCUGCAGUCAGAGACACGUUGUGGCACUCUAAGCAAAAUCCUCAAGUAGACCAUGUCAGUUUUCCUCCUCAGCGCCUUCCUAGAUCAGAGAGUGCAGAAACCCACAGUUAUGCCAGACAUCCUGCCAAUAUGAAUUUUUCUAACCAUAAUAAUGUGCCAACUAACACUGCAUACCAUUUACAUCAAAGAAUUGGCCCAGGAAGACAUGGGGAAGUGUGGGCCAUGUCACCAAAUGAGCGAUUGAUUCCUGCAGUAAGUCGAGCUACCAUUCAACGGCAAAGUAGUGUGUCCUCCACAGCCUCUAUAAACCUUGGUGAUCUUGGUCCCCCAAGGAGGGCCCAGAUUCCUGAAGGAGACUAUUUAUCAUACAGAGAGUUGCAUUCAGUGGGCAGAACUCCUCCAAUGAUGGCAGGGUCACAGAGGCCUCUUUCUGCACGGACGUACAGCGUGGACGGUCCAAAUGCACCCAGGCCUCAAAGCGCUCGGCCCUCUGUUAACGAAAUACCAGAGAGAACUAUGUCAGUCAGUGAUUUCAGCCAUUCACGGACUAGUCCUUCCAAAAGGCCAAAUGCAAGGGUGGGUUCUGAACAUUCUUUAUUGGAGCCUCCUGGAAAAAGUAAAGUUCCUCAUGACUGGCGAGAACGAGUACUGCGACACAUUGAAGCCAAAAAGUUAGAAAAGAUGCCUUUGAGUAAUGGACAGAUGGGCCAGCCUCUCAGGCCUCAGGCCAAUUAUAGUCAAAUACAUCACCCCCCUCAGGCAUCUGUGGCAAGGCAUCCCUCUAGAGAACAACUAAUUGAUUACUUGAUGCUGAAAGUGGCCCACCAGCCUCCAUACAUACAGCCCCAUUGUUCUGCUAGACCAGGCCAUGAACUGGCAAAGCAAGAGAUUCGAAUAAGAAUUGAAAAGGAUCCAGAACUCGGAUUUAGCAUUUCAGGCGGUGUUGGAGGUAGAGGAAACCCAUUCAAGCCUGAUGACGAUGGUAUAUUUGUAACAAGAGUACAGCCUGAAGGACCAGCAUCGAAAUUACUGCAACCAGGUGAUAAGAUUAUUCAGGCUAAUGGCUACAGUUUUAUCAACAUUGAACAUGGACAGGCAGUGUCUUUGCUUAAAACCUUCCAGAAUCCGGUGGAACUCCUCAUUAUACGCGAAGUUUCCUCGUAAGCAGUGCGGAGAAAGGGGGAAGCUGGCGAGAGUGACUGGAAGAUGCUCACAGGGGACGUGGAGAGCUUGACUAUUUUUAUACACAAAGAACCGCAAUUAUGUUCCAGUUUGUACAUUCAUGAACUAAUGGAGCUUGUGGUUAGAGGGAAAGAACCACUGUACAGAACACAAAGACUGUUGGAUUCAUACCAUAUAAAAAUGACAGUUAGGUUUUUAAACAUAGCAAUCAAGGCUACAAAAACAAACCUAUAAUUGUUUUUGUAUAGAUUGUAGUUUUAUUUUUGAAUUUCAUACAUGACUGAACUGUUUGCAAGGCAAUAGUUAGCCUUGAUUGUAGCCCAGAGCUAGAUGGCAGAGCUAUCUAUCUCAUAGCUUUAUGCCCUUAUUUUUAUUCAACUGGUAUUGAUGUUUUUUGACGUGGGCAGAGCUUUGAAGUGUCGGCUUUUGCUAUGUGCGUAUUGAAUUGAAGAGUGGGUAGGUGAAGGUUGUGCUGGUGGGUUCACUUUCCAAGGCCAGAUUAAAAAAUUAUUUCCUGUAAGUCUGGAAGUAAAGAAUGAAAAAAACAAAAGGUAUCUGUCAACUUCUUUAUUGAUAGAAUAAUGCAAUAAUUGUGUAAUGUCUUUUUAAAGAAGUGGAAAAGACAAUAACGUGUUAUGAGCUCUACAGUCUGUUGUCACAGCCAUCGACUGUACCUUUGUUACUGGUGAUUCCAUUUUUAAUUUUUUUAGAGGAAAUUUUUUAACUCUACUGUGGAUGCAUGUCCAUGCAUUUUUUGUGCUAUGGAAAUCCCCCUCACUUUUUUUGUUUGUUUGUAAAUGGUGGUACUUGUAAUCUGUUUUAUAAUAGUACUCCAUUUAAAUGUAAUUUAUAAUUUUUAUUUUAAACAGCAAGUGAAACUAAAAUGGCCAGUUUAAAACUGUGUUAGCUAUAACGCAGUCUGAGGUUUAGGAAAGCCUUUUGAUUUUCAUUCGGCCUUGCAUUGCCUUGGUGAAGUAGGAGGAGACGUGGAGCAUGCGUGGAGCUAGGAAACCAAAGCAAGCUUGGGCAACUGGCACAGGGAGAGCUGCUGUGGAGCGCUGGGGCUGAGGGCGGGCCGCGGGCUGCCAGGGAAGGGCUGUUCCUCCAGGUCAUGGUCAAUGUGAACUCAACACUUCCGAGUCUGGAAAGGGUUCCUUAAGUGUAUCGGUGUCAUAAUGUUUUACCACCAACUGCCUUUGUUCCUAGUUACUGUAACAAACAUUUGAUGAUAUAGGUUUAUUUUUAUUUUCCAAACCAUUAAUUGUUUUUCUUCUACAUAAUCAAAUAAAAUUUGAGUCACGUGGAAUGAUAAGAUUUAAUGCAUGGUUAUUUGGACCAGCAAAAGUGCCAUAGAAGACCAAUAAAUGUUUCAGAUGAGGCUAGUCAUUAGAGCAAUAUUCAGUUCUUGCAACUCAUUUUUAAUUACUAAAAAGAAGAGAAUAUGGGGAUUUUUAAUAUGUUAUGCUUUUCUUUAACUCUGAUUUGAUAAAGAUUCUUAUAGUACUAGUGAUAAAACACCCACCUGCGUUAUUUCUGCAAGAGUCAUUUGGACUCGUGUCCCACAGUUGCUAGUCCAAGUGAAUAGGCAGCACUUUUGAAAAUAUGUGAAUUCAAAUAUUGCACUUCUUUCAAUAUGUUGUCAAUUGGUUAUUGUACUGUAUAGUUUUAAUAAUUUUGAUUGAAACCCUUUAACAACUCUUUGUAAAUUUUAACUCAUUUUAGUUGAUUUCCAGUACUAUUUACAUAGGAAUUGAUUUUUAUGAAUAUAGUAGAAGAAAUGUGCUGUAUUUUGAUAAAAUUCACUUUAUUGUAUGUGUGUUGUAAUCUAAAAAAAGAAUGAAAACAGCUUCUUUAAAACA